ACCAGGGGUUGUUCUGGUUGGCAUUUAAGGCUUCUGGCAACUUGACUGUCAAUUGUCCACGGAAGGAUCCCCUUAAUCAAUGUCUUACAACAACGACUACACCAGAAACCACCACAACUACGACAACAGAACCAACAUCCACGACAACAACACCAGAUGCUACAACUACCACAACAACAACGGAAGAUACGACAACCACAACAACAGCGGAAGAUGCCGACAACCACAACAACAACGGAAGAUGACGACAACCACAACAACAGCGGAAGUAACGACAACCACAACAACAGCGGAAGUAACGACAACCACAACAACAGCGGAAGUAACGACAAACACAACAACACCACAAACACCAUCAACAGAGGCGUCUAUCGCCGACGAAGGUUCCUCAAACAUUCUCAUCAUAAUCAUCGUUGUCGUCGUCGUUGUCGUUUUGGGCAUUGGUUCUGUGCUUAUUAUCAAACGCUAUAGGUCAAGAAAGAAAAAUGUACCUGACGAUGCAGAAACAGUCGAAAAGAAGGAAGACGCCAAACUUACAGAGGAAAAUCGCCCUAAAGAAUAUGUAUCUAGAUCUGACGUACACGUUGGGGCUACAACGCAGAAAGGUCUUGGAACAGACGCCAUGACACAGAAUGGUACAUCGAUUGGUUACUCCAAUGGUGAACAAAAGCUACCUUUAAUAUCAAUUGGUUCCGUGUCCAAUGUCGAAGUCGACAAUACCAAGAACAAGGAAAAGAAGAAAAAGAGGAAAAAGAAGAAAAAGAAGUCUCACACAGAAGACAAUAUUGGGGAUAUGUUUCAAAGUGAUGGUCUCCAGCCCAAUUCAUUGAAUACACAUACAGAAGGAAAUACUGGAGAUAUGCCACAAAGUGACGAUAUCCAGCCUAAUGAGUUAAAUGCACAUAAAGGAAUAAAAACUGGAGAUAUGUUUCAAAGUUAUGGCUUCCAGCCCAAUGCAUUAAAUACAUAUACAGAAGAAGACGGACAAGAAAAACGAAAAAGGAAGAAGAAACAUAAGAAAUCUCGUAGUAAUCUGGUUGCUCCUGAAAACUCAACUACUGUUGAUAAAGAUGUGGAGUGCGAGUCUGUUAUAGCAACAUCUGGAAAUCAGGCAGUCCACUAUCCAACAGAGAGUGAUGAAGUGAAUGAGAGGAAGAGGCGGAAGAAGAAAAAGAAAAGACGGAAAGUCGAGAAAGACGUAGAAACUGUUGAUACAGAAACCCGUAACGCCGAUGAAACAUUGAGUCAACGAGAUUCUGUAGUUGAUGUUUAGGUGAACGGGUACAUUCUCAGUACAUAUCCUUAUUGGUUAGUUUCAUUACAUUUGUGACAGGAAAAAUAAUGACAUCAAUACCUUAAUUUACACCUGUACGUUAAGGUAGUCACAUGCAUCUUUUGGUCAUAUGUUGUCCUUUUGGUACUGGUUUUUUGAGUUUCAGUUCUGUUUACAUUUUAAUAUUUGUUUUCUUGAUUUUUUAUAAUAAAUUGAUUCCUUAUAAAUUCCUUGUAUUCGUAUUCCCGAUAUUUCGCAUUACUUGUUUUCCAGUAUAUUUUUCGCGUAAUAGAUAAAGGGUAUUAAAUGGUUUCCCAUUAAAUAUAGCAUAUAUUUCGCGACUAUGGCAGAAUAUCGAUAUGUUCAAAAGCGCGAAACACGAGUAAAAAAUAUCGAAAUAUU